AUGUGUACUGGUCGAUUUUUUGCCAUUUUUUUUCAAUUAAAUGAUAGAAAAGCCCGUCUGGCCCGAAUUCGCAUUGCCAAAGCUUCGUCAGGAGCAGCAUUUGUUAGUAAAAAGAAGGCCGCUGAGGCACGGCUAGCAGCUCAAGAGUCUGGAAUAGAAUUAGAUGAUAAUUAUAGAGAAGAAGAUAUUUUCGAACUACAACAUCAUCAUUUGCUGCGAUGUUUGGAGAAGACUACCGACCGAGAGUUCGUAGAGCUUGAGUAUGAAGUUCACCUUGUUGUUUUUUACUUAGACUUAGAAUCUUACACCAUUACUUUUUGUAGAGAACUGAGAAUGCUUUUAAAAAAUAAAAAAAACCUCACCAAAACUAAAGUCAUGCUUUUCUCCAAAUUACAAAACGCAAGCUGUCCUCCGAAUAUAUUCCAGAAUCGUUGA